AUGUCUUUCCCCCAGCUCGGCUACCCGCAGUACCUCAGUGCCUCCCAGGCGGUGUACGGGGGCGAGAGGCCGGGAGUGCUCACGUCUUCGUCCCGCGGAGGGAGCACCGACAUCGGGGGGAGUCCUUCCGCCACCGCGGCGGCGGUCAGCUCGGUGCUGGGCAUGUACGCCAACCCGUACGCGCACAACUACAGCGCUUUCUUACCUUACACCAGCGCGGACCUGGCUCUUUUCUCACAAAUGGGGUCCCAGUACGAGUUGAAGGACAGUCCCGGCGUGCACCCUGGCAGCUUUGCAGCCCACACCUCACCGGCCUUCUACCCAUACGGUCAGUUCCAGUACGGCGACCCGGCCAGGCCCAAGAACGCCACCCGGGAGAGCACCAGCACCCUGAAGGCCUGGCUCAACGAGCACCGGAAAAACCCGUACCCGACCAAGGGCGAGAAGAUCAUGCUGGCCAUCAUCACCAAGAUGACGCUGACGCAGGUCUCCACCUGGUUCGCCAACGCCAGGAGGAGGCUCAAGAAGGAGAACAAGGUGACCUGGGGCCGGAGCAAAGAGGACGGGGAGGAGAACCUGUUCGGCAGCGGCGACGAGGCGGAGAAGAACGAAGACGAGGAGGAGAUCGACCUGGAGAGCAUCGACAUCGACAAGAUCGACGACAACGACGGGGAUCAGAGCAACGAGGACGACGACGACAAAUCGACGGAGGGCAGCAGGGAGCACCGGGGCGGGAGUAAGGAGAGCUCGGACGGCAACAACAACAACAACACAACUCGAGUUUUGUCCCCGGACCGAUCCGGGAGCUUUCCUCUCCCGUCCAACAACAAGCCUAAGAUCUGGUCCCUAGCAGAGACCGCCACUAGCCCGGACACCUCCUCCCAGAAACCCUCGUCCCCCUGUGGGCCCGCGACCCACCCGGCCUUCCUGCCCAGCCACGGACUGUACACUUGCCAGAUUGGAAAGUUCCACAACUGGACGAACGGAGCUUUCCUGGGCCAGAACUCCCUGCUCAACGUGCGGUCGUUUCUGGGAGUAAACCAGCACCAUCACCACCACCACAACCACCACUUGCAGACCCAGCAGCAGCAGCAGCCGACGUCAGUGGUGGUGUCCCCGGUAGCAGCUGCAGCAGCGCUCAGCAAUGACAGCAAGGCCCCAGCAGAGAGCCACAGUCCCAAACACAUAGAACAUGAAAACGGUGUAAGGUCUGUUUCACCUCCAACGCAGAUCCUGAAGUCUUCCUUUCGACCCAUCCAUGACAGCGCCAGGAGUCCAGCGGACGCUACGCAACGCGUCCUCACUGCUCUCUCCUCGGCUUGA